UGUGUAUUAAUAGUAGCAAGAUCGAAACACGCCGCGCUGUGGUAAUAUAAGGCAGUCCUAAACGUGCUUGUAAAUCAUUCGACGCCGAGCCGAGUCGUGUCCCCACUGUCUGACGAUGAAGACCUGUGUAGUCCUCCUCUCCGUCCUCUCUCUGGCUGCGGCCACACUCCCUAACCUCGUGGACCUUGCCAACGCCAACAAUGCAACCACGCUUACGCAAUUCCUGGCCACCGCAGGACUUGCUGACGUCAUCAGGGAUCAAGGCCCCUUUACCAUCAUCGCACCUGUUGACUCCGCAUUUGCCAAGAUCCCAAGCGACGUUGCCGCCAACCUCACUGCCAAUCCUAAUGUGCUAGCUAACAUUCUGCAGUACCAUGUCAUCAAGGGAGAGAUCUUCACCUUUGACCUUAAAUCCGGAGAAGUCCUGACAAGUCUAAAUGGUCACGCCAUUAGGGUGUAUAUGAACGGAGGUCAAAUCUUCUUCAACCAAGCUAAGGUCGUAUCAAUGGACGUGCUGCAAGGUUCCAACGGCGUUAUCUACCUUGUCGACGAGGUGCUUAGUGUCCCCGAGGGAACCAUUGACCAGAUUCUCUUAAACCCCGACUAUAACAUCAGCGAGUUCCUCGAGCUCGUCAAGGUGGCGCACCUAGAGGGCGUCCUCAACAGGACUUCAGGGCAACGGUACACAUUAUUCGCUCCUUCUAAUGCUGCCAUCAACUCGCUGGAUCCCUCCAUUCUCCAGAAAAUCAAAUCCAGCUAUUCCCUGACUCACCGUUUGGUUGAAUACCACCUCCACCGCGGCACCCUCCACGAGAAAUCUCUUGACCACAACGGACGUAUAACCACCGCGUACAGUGGUCACUACAUCUCGGUCACUGUUGGUUCAGAUGGCGUCACAAAGCUUAAUAAUGUAGCAACAUUACAAGAAACUGACCUCGAGGCUGAAGAUGGCGUUGUUCACGUGAUCAGUCAUGUGCUUAUUCCUAGUUCACUCUUCUCUUCUAUCGUUGGAUAAUCAUUUCUCUGUAUAAUUUGACGCGACACGGGCAAACAAAAAUUAAAAUACUUUUAACAAGUCAAAAA